AUGGCAGACCUCGUACAACCGGACGUGGGGUUCGCGGCCCUCCGCCGCCAAGUGCGCGAUAAGUUCUUGUGCGCUACUGGUUCUUCGAAUGGUACCGUGCCGGACCGAUUGCCUGAGGAGGUGGAGGAAGGGAACGUCGAGUACAAGCAGCAGCUGCUCGAGCUCACGCCCGACCGCCUGCGUCAACUCACGACGCAGAUGCACUGGCGCCUGAACGAAGGCGGCGGUACAGCUUUCUAUGAGCUUGGCGUGCGUGACAAUGGAGAGGUGCUUGGGCUCCCGGAGACUGCGUUGCUGCGCUCUUUGCAAGCUCUUGCUCGAAUGUGCCAUGUAGUGCGUGCACAAAUGUCGUUGUCGAGAUUCCGAGACGGUCGAGAAGCGGGGCUGAUGGCCGCUCGAAUUCAGAUCACAAGAGUGCUUGAACACAAUGUGUCGAAACGGCUCCGUAUACCAGUGAUUGGAGAUUUUGAGAGCGGCAAGUCGACGCUGGUAGGAGUGCUGCUGAGCGGCUGUCUGGAUGAUGGUACCGGAUUGGCUAGGAUGCAGGUGUGUCGCCACCGCCACGAAUUAGAAAACGGCUGCACAUCUAGCGUGAGUGAGCACACGAUUGCCGUGGCUGCAGAUGGCACAUUUCGUUGCAUGGACACGUUCGACACCUGCGACUUUGGAGACAGUGGUAACGAGGAGGUGGAAAGCCGAACAGUUGGGAGACAUGACAGGUUGAUUACGCUCAGUGAUCUAGCAGGGCACAAGAAGUAUCUUAAGAGCACAGCUUCGGGACUGGCCGGCCAUUUCUCGGACUAUGCAAUGCUUGUUGUUGAUGCUGUGCGAGGUGUUCGCGACAUGACGCGCGAGCACGUCAAGAUUGCUGCUGCUUUGAACGUCGCCAUUUUUGUGGUCAUUACAAAGACGGACCGAGUGGCAGGCGAACGAAUACAACAAGUGCUGGUUGAGGUUGUUCAGAAGGAUUUGAUGAAGCUUACGUCGACGUCGAUUGUGCCGGUAUUUCAAGUAUCAAGUGUGACUGGUAGUGGGCUAGACGUUUUGCAAGGCCAUUUGGCUAUGCUCGAGCCCAAGUACGUGUGGUCGGCGAAGACACCUGCUGAGUUUCAAGUUAGCCAAGCCUACGAUAUUGAAGAUUCGGGUACCGUUGUGACUGGGCUCGUACGAGCUGGUACCUUUUGCGUAGGAGAGCGCAUGUUGCUUGGACCUGACACGGAUGGACAGUUUUGCGAUGUCACAGUUGGAAAUAUUGAAGUGCGGCACAAGGCAGCACAACGACUUAGUGCGGGAGAUACAGGCGCUGUGUUGAUACGCUUUUUUUCUGGCGCACAGCCAGCUCACAGUAUCAGAAAGGGUACCAUACUCGUGCACCCGAGUGUCCAACCACUGGCCACGCGCCAAUUUGAUGCAGAAGUACACUUUCUGCCAGACGCACGUACUUUUCGAGAGAACUUCCAAGCGGUCAUUCAUACCGGCCAUGUGCGGCAGAUGGCAAAGAUCAUUCGAUUAGGAAUAUCCAAAAGCGCUGUGCCGGACGUCUCGAUUUCCCCGCUGCCGUCGAUGUCCAUACCUGUGUCUACGAUAUGCCGCUUUGAGUUUAUGUACUGGCCAGAGUACAUUCGUCCGGACUUGCCGCUGGUGUUAUGUGAAGGUAGCGCGCAGGCUGUGGGUCGUGUGGUGCGGACUUUGCCUUGCUACAGCGUUAGCGCCGUACAUAUUUGA